GACGUACAUUAUGUGCGACAGUAGCUUCAGCGGACACGUGGGGACUGCAGUUGCCGUGAGCUCUUCAGAUGCUUUAAAUCAGCCUUAUCUCGCCGUCAUUUUGUUUAUGUUAGAGAAAAUAUUAGUAAUUAUUUGCUGGCAUGAUCUGAAAUCACGUAAACAUACGAUAUGUACAUUUAAAUUCUGUAAAUAACAGUGAACAUAACUGUCACUUAAGCAAUGAAGAGGAUUAAAGCUGACCGCACCUACGAAUGAUACGAACUUGUUGAACUGGAUCUGCAAAGCAGAACGACAGCGAUGGAGCCCAAGCCGUUUACCCCCGAAGAGGCGCGGCAGAUAUUAGAAUCUCUGGAGAAACCGGCCGUCUUCCUCGACAUGACCGCCGGCUGGCCGUCGCUCGGGUGGACAGCAGAGCACCUAGCCCAUGUCCUGGGGGAGAAGACAGUCCAAUUUCGCGUAGGAAAAAGGCAAGAUGACAGAAAGCCCUUGUUUGAAACACAGUGCUCAUACGUAGAGGCCACAGUGUGGGAGUUCUUGUCUUGGACCAAAGGCCAGGGACCGUGUCCAGGCCCGUUUUCCGACUUCCCCCGCUCAGAGUACUGGGCUUAUGCUGACUACAAGUACAUCGCUGUUCUCUUCCAGCACAAACCCGCAAUGUUCCAGGAUGUGCCGUGGUCCGACUUCGGCUUCCCUGGUCGGAAUGGACGGGAGAGCACCCUGUGGGUCGGCUCGGACGGUGCCAACACCCCCUGCCACCAGGACACUUACGGUUGCAACCUGGUUUUGCAGGUCCAAGGAAGGAAAAAAUGGUACCUGUUUCCAGUUGGGGACACAUGCCAUCUGUACCCGACCCGGAUCCCAUACGAGGAGUCCAGCGUCUUCAGUCAGGUGGACAUCACACGGCCCGACAUGCGGCGGUUUCCCGCUUUUGCUAGAGCCAGGGCCCACGUGGUCACUCUGCAGCCGGGACAGGUACUGUUUGUCCCCAGGCACUGGUGGCAUUAUGUGGAGUCACUGGACCCCGUGACAGUCAGCAUAAACUCCUGGAUUGAGAUGGAAGCUGACGACACCGCGCGAGUCGGCGAGGCCCUCACCAGGACCGUCGUCUGCGCGUUAAAAACCCUGCCCAGCCCUGACAACGUCGACGAGUGGCUCAAUCCCACUGAGGUCGAUGUCCCCACAUACGGAGAGAACCUGCGGGAUCUCAGCCUGGCUGUACAGGCGUGCACGACGCGUCGGGGUGGUGACAGCUCAGGGCCUGUGAAACGGGAUGCCCAGGGGCUGCCCAAACACAGUGCGCCCCCUGCAGGUCCCUUACAGCACUGCCCGCCAGAUGUCAUCCCCUUUGGACCUCACCUCGUGCCGGUUGGUCAGGAGAGUGCAGACGCGUCUUUAGAUGAAGGGCCUCAAAGCGUGAAUGAGGAGGCGGACAAACUCACUGAGGUUACUGGACCCAGAGCCCUCUCCACCAAUGACCUGUUGGAGGCACUGGUGCAUCCGGACGUUAUUGCCCUUGCUGCAAAGCUGAUUGUGGGUAGACAUGGUUGUGGAUGAAAGGAGAGUCUGCUUCCCUCCCAGUUAGAGUAGUGAAUGUGUAAUGAGGACGUGAUUCAAAGCCCAGUGAGAACCAGUAUGACGCCUAUAGAGAAGUCAUUCAGAUUUUGAAUCUGUAUAAAAAGAAAUGAAGUUUCAAUAAAUAAAACAGCAAUAAAACUUUAA